AUGGCUCCGCACACAUACCGUUUGGCGGGCGAGAAAAGGGGCGGACACUGCGCCGUGCUGCGGCUGAGCGACCAGCAGGCGGCAGGGCUGGCAAGCGCGUGCGACGGGCUCAAGGUCGUGCCUGCCCGAGUACGCGACGGAGGUGUACGGCGUGCGAAGAGACAACACGGCCGCGCAUCUGGGACGGAUCAGGAAGCGGCUGAUUGUGCGCAAUUGGCGGGGCGAACAGGGCAGACCUACAAGCCCGCAGAAAAGACGGCCGGACGUGGCAAACGAUAUUCGCCGGUUCCAGCGGACGUACAGAGAGUAUUUCCAGCUGUACAAGGAGCUGGAGCAGGAGAUGAACAGCGAGAAGCUGGAGCGUGUGGCUGUUCUGAACAACGAGCUGCUGAGCCUGAAAGAACGGCUGAGCAAGGUGUGAGGAGAGCUUGA